GUACACCUGACUUGCAGACCGUUGAUCGACAGAAAAGCGAAGAAGAAGAAAACCGUCGCUCCGCUGACGAACCACUACAGCGUGUCAAGAUUUGGCAGAAACCAGUCUGUCAGCUGGCGGAACAGUAUAUGUAUGGCAGAUAUUUUCCCUCCUAGUGGACAGUGACCCGGAGCUGAAGCGUGUAUAGUUAGAAGUUUUACCCAAUCACGGUUUAAAGGUAAAUUCAUACAGGCUAGCUGAGCCGAUGUGUGGAUAAACUGGGACUAUGGUGCCACGUUGGGCUCUGGGUCCUCUUUUUUCCCCGCAAUGGUUUGCUUUUACUGACAAAGAAGAAAUAUUCACCAUCAGUUUUAUACUUUCUCUUUCUUCAGCCCCUGUUCGAGGAGGUAACAGCAUGGGUCGUGGAUACAUUGUAGAAGACGCAGUGGAGGGAUACUUGUCCGAACUAUGUGGUCAAAAUGCAUGUCCAGUCUCAGGUCUGCUCAUCGGACAGGUAAACCUUUACCUUUUAAUCCUAUUUUAUCAGCUAAUUGCCUGCGUUGAGUACAUGACAGCAAACUGGUAAGUCAGAUUUUCGUAACGUCUUACCAACGGCCAUACUGUUAUUGAAGAGGUUAUGACUUUUUACACAAUUUACUAUCUGACUUUUCUUUGUAAUUAACUUGAAUUUAAUUUAAUUUUAUCAUUCAUCUGAUAUUUUUCACUCAUUUGAUGUCCUCAUGGGUAACUCCUUACUUAAACUCUGAUUUUGGAGCAAUCAAGCUACAGAAUUGUAAAAUAGAUUAAAUUAUCUCCUUUUGUAUUAGUCUAUCUUUAUAUACCAUGAAAUUUAGUAUCAUGUGAAAAUGUGGUAAAUAUUGAUUAAGAAAGCGAUGGUCAAUGAUUUAUCCUUGAAACUGAUUUUAGAGCUCAGUCCAAAGGAAUUUUGUCGUCAUGGCAAUUCGAACACCUGAAAAGGAGGAGUCAACUGCAGCACACAGAAACUCUUUGGACAAGGAGUGGGUGACUGAGCAUGCUCGACAGGUAAGCAAAAUCUAAUACAGAUUGAGGUGGUCCUAAACUGUAGUAGAGGGCUGUAAAAAAUGAGUCAUACAUAAAAACUUAACACAGCAAUGACAAAAGGAUUUUACAGCUUUUGCAGCAGCUAAACUUGUGCAAAUGAGAUAAAAAAAGAUACCCUUUAAUUUAGAGUACACACCAAGGAAUAAAUGCUCUUAACAAAUAGCAUCUGUGUGUACCUGUCCUGUUUACAAAAAAUUAAAAGAGCAAUUAUGCUUAAAGUUGGGGUGGAGUUGGCCAUUUCUUUGAAAAUAAACCAGCAAAAAACAUAAAUUAAAAAUAACUACAACAAAACAACAUAUACUGUUAGUUGACAACAUAGCAAACAGCAAAUUCAGUACAUUUCAUUACAUAGUAUUCACUCUUUACUUAAAGAUCUUUCUGACACAACAGCAUUUUCAGUGUAAUAUGCGACUGUUCAAAUAGCAAAUUAUGCAGAAAUUUGGUGCUAGUUUAGAGCUGUUAUCUAGUCUCAGUGAAUUCUCCAGUAAGUGAUUAAUGGGUUUUCAGACAUACUUUGUAGCAGCAUUCAGUCUGCUAUGGGUGACAUUUGCUCCUGGUUUAAUCUUUUUCAGGUGUCUCGAAUGCUUCCUGGAGGACUGUCUGUAUUAGGAUUUUUUAUCAUUGAUGAGAAUGACGCAAAGGAUGCUGUAACCACACUUCAAUAUGUGAGAUCCUUACAAACACACUACCUGUGUACAUGAUGGAUAUACUUUCAAAGUAGUAGAUAUCAAUAUUUAUCAAAGGCUCAAAAAACAAUGAAACAGUCACACAGUUUCACAGCCAACUUAUAUUACUUCCUACAAGAAAUUUGCAUUAAAAAAUCAUAAUCAUUGCCAUUUAGAUUGAGGCAUGUGGGUAUAUUUGUAAAUUACAGGUGAGAAAAAAUUAAGCAUUGACUUUGCUCAGUCUUUUAAAAAUGAUCUCUCGUUAACAAAGUCAAUAUUUUUUGUAUUGUGUGUAUGAUAGUUAUCUAUGAUGUGUUUAAACAUUUAAUUUCCAGGAUUAUGGACCACUGAUAUAAAACUAGUGAUUGUUUUGGCACAAGGUCAUGCUUUGAUUAAAUUUAUUAUCUGGCACCAGAACUAUCAAUGGGCUGUGAUCAUCACAUAGAUUUUGGGUGUAUGCAUGCAUGUUUCUGUUUUUCUGAUUCUUGUGUAUCUACCUUCCGUUUGUAGCUGGUUUUUGCGGUAGAGAACCUUAUCUCCUCAGAGCACCUGUGUGACCUAGCAGAUGAGGACAUCACAGACCGUGUUACACUGCACAUCAACCCUAAAACCAGAAAGUAUCUUUUUUCUGAGCUCAACUAUUUGAUCAGUGACUGUAUUCACAAGUUUUCCUAGUCUAAAGGGAAGCUAAUAGUGACAAAUUCUAUGAAAAUUCUUGAAGUUAUUACAAUUUCUAAGACUUUUCCCCAAACUGAAAAACUAUAUCUUUGUAAAGAUAAAAGUUAUUCACAAAGCAAUUUUAGCCAAAGGAGAGCUCUUGAUGUGGAGUAAGAAAGACGUCUUAGGCUGUAUUGGCUGAGUGAGAUCGUGUUGGAUCGUUCCACUACGCUGGUGCAACAUAAACUGUGAUUCAUAAAAUUGCUCUAUUGAUAGUAAGUACUAAAAAAAAAAUUUACUCAUGCCAUCCAGUCGAUUUUUAGUAAUCAGUGUUUCAGUGUCGAACUUUUUCCUUUCUGCGGCGUAGUGAUACUUGCACACGCGCAAUCGAAUAUGCAAAGGGGUGAAGCGAUUUUGGUCACAUGGAACAAUAGGAGCCGAGUCUCGUUGCCAAAGUAUCAGAACAACACAAACAUGGGGACGAGUGCAUCUCGCAGCGAGACAAGCGAAGAGGAAGAAAAGAAAAGGAAGAAAAGAAAACGGCCUUCAAAAGUGCAUAAAAAAGGAACGAAACGAUGCUAUAUGCAUCUAUCAUCUGUCCAGAGUGAAGACGUUCUCGACUUUACAAGGACACAUUGGGAAACUUACAGAACUAGUAUUACAAAGUGGCUUUCUCUACAGGGUGAGACAAAGGACCUUGCAGAGACUUACAAACAUUGUGUUAAUAUCCACUUUGACAAUGUUCCUGAUGACGCUGGGUUUCACAUGACAUGCUAUCAGCGAUUUAUUUGCAAAAGGCGUUUGAGAAACAAGAAAGUGAUGCAGCCGCGGGUCAGUCAAACCCUUCAGCCAGCAUCGCCGAUGCAUCCACGUCCACAGCAUCUGAAACUCUGCGAAAGAAACUUCACUCGAGGUCAUAGGCUGUAUUGGGUCAAAAGAAAAAGUGCCUAGAAAGUGAAUUUCGUUCAACUACGCUGGUGCUACUUGUUCAAUGCAUUUUUGCAUAGACAAUACCAUUCUGGACUUUGGGUUAAAAUAUCUACUCAGACUAUCUGUCUGACUUCUGUCACCAACCAGGAAUGUACAUAUAUUUGAGUGACCCAAAAAACAAUUGUAUGGUGCUGCUGUUUUUGCUUGUAGAAACUGCUAUGUUGAUUCUGGCAAGACAAAAUCUUUCUUAUAUGUCAUAAAUACAUGUACUUAUUGGUGCCAUCGUAUAUGCAUAAGUGAAUUCAGAUUAUGAAAUGUAGCAAAUUUGUAAAUCUGUACAAGAUAGUCUUGCAGACAAACAAGAACAUCGUUCAGUCUCACAUUUGUCUUGCAACUACAGUGGACUAUCUGCAAAACACUAUCAGAGGCAGGAUUUGUAGUCAUCCAUGUCACUGCCAACUCCCCAUCCACCGACAGAUUUAUGUCGUGCCAAGCAUGUGAGAAUGCUUCAGAGGAAACAGAAAAAAGAGCUGUAUGGGAUGAUGACUCUGAUUAAUGUGAUAGUGAUGCGUAAUAUAAGCACCAUGUCACCAUGUAUAAUUUGUUUUGUUUAAAGGAUUGCUACACCGAGAUUUGAGAUUUUUAUUAUUUUUAUAUUUGUUCUACAUUUGUCUGCGUUUGUGUUUUGAUCUUUAUUUUCAUAUUCUGGAGGGAUUGAUAAAUGUCAGAUGUUUUGACACUGUGCUACUUGAAUAAAUGUUUUAUACCAUAUUUUGAAUUAAUUCAGACAUUUUGUGCAUUUAUUUUUGUCUUGUUACAUUUUUUCCAUUAUUCCAAUUUUGGGGGGCAUGGUAGCAAUUUGAUUGACUUUUACUACAUUCCGUAAUCUGAAUUCACUUAUGCGUAUACUAAGGCACCAAUAACUGUUUCAGAUGUUAAGUAGAUGUAUAUUUGAGAAAGAUUUUGUCUUGCCAGAAUCAACAUAGCAGUUUCUACAAGCAAAAACAGCAGCACCAUAUAAUUGUUUUUUGGGUUACUCACAUAUAUGUACAUUUCUGGCUGGUGACAAAAGUCAGACAGAUAGUCUGAGUAGAUAUUUUAACCCAAAGUCCAGAAUGGUAUUGUCUAUGCAAAAACACAUUGCACCAGUAGCACCAGCGUAGUUGAACGAAAUUCACUUUCUAGGCACUUUUUCCUUUGACCCAAUACAGCCUAUGACCUUGAGCGAAGUUUCUUUUGUGGAGUUUCAGAUGCCGUGGACAUGGAUGCAUCAGCCAUGCUGGCUGAAGGGUUUGACUGACCUGCGGCUGAAUCACUUUCUUGUUUCUCAAAUGCCUUUUGCAAAUAAAUCGCUGGUAGCAUGUCAUGUGAAACCCAGCGUCAUCAGGAACAUUGUCAAAGUGGAUAUCAACGCAAUGUUUAUAAGUUUCUGCAAGGUUCUUUGUCUCACCCUGUAGAGAAAGCCACUUUCUAAUACUAGUUCUGUAAGUUUCCCAACGUGUCCUUGUAAAGUUGAGAACGUCUUCACUCUGGACAGAUGAUAGAUGCAAACAGCAUUGUUUCGUUCCUUUUUUAUGUACUUUUGAAGACUGUUUUCUUUUCUUCCUUUUCUUUUCUUCCUCUUUGCUUGUCUUGCUGCUAGAUACGCUUGUCCCCAUGUUUGUGUUGUUCUGAUACUGUGGUAACGAGACUCGGCUCCUAUUGGUCCACAUGACAAAAAUCGCUUCACCCCUUUGCAUAUUCGAUUGCGCGUGUGCAAGUAUCACUACGCCGCAGAAAGGAAAUAGUUCGACACCGAAACACUGAUUACUUAAAAUCGACUGGAUGGCAUGUGUAAAUAUUUUUUUUAGUACUUACUAUCAAUAGAGCAAUUUUAUGAAUCACAGUUUAUGUUGCACCAGCAUAGUGGAACAAAAUUCACUUUCUAGGCACUUUUUCCUUUGUCCCUAUACAGCCUAUUUAAGAAGUUCAAGAGUUUCUUCUGCUGAGGAGGAAACAGCCAAAAGAGGGUGAAAAAUCACUCCAUACCAUGAACAGCCAUGAGGUAAUUUAAUGAUUCGUUUGUGCAGUGAUUAUGAUUGACGUCUAACAGCCAACUCAACAAUGCAACUGAACUGACAACAAGAUAUCUUGCAACUGGAAAAAUGGCAUUUAUCUCAAGAGUUUGCACUCACUUCACACCCUUCAGUACAUGAUGAAAGACAGAGAAAUGGAUUCCUCUGUCUCUCUUUAAAUGCACUGAUUGCAGUGUGAUACCUGAUAUGAGAACAGAUCACACGUGAUUUUAUUGACCUUAGAUCUGAUCAUGUACAGUUAUAAGGUUAAAAGAGUGAAUAGUUGACCUGCACAGUGACACCUCGGCUUGGGAAACACUGCUUGAACUUUUAGUAUGAGCAGAGGCCACAGCGUAGUGGGCAUGUGUUUUCAAACAUCAUGUAAGUUUUAUACUUUUAAGUAAGAGCCUAUACUGUAUUUAACAGAAAUAAUGAUUUCAUUAUUGAUUUGGAAAGGGUCCUAUCAGAAUUUAGGACGAGGCUAAUUGAUUUCUCCCUGUCCGUGUAUGAUUAGCAAGAGAGCAGUUUUCUCUUUUUGUGGAUCAACCAAUCACAGUAUAAAAAAAACCCCAAGUGAUACAGAGCAACGGGUCCACCUGCACCUCCUUGUUGAGAGAAAGGUCUCUACUUCACAUUUGCCCUGAGAUUGUUCUCAGAUGACUCUUAAGCCAAAACUCCUUGCUGAAAGCUUCUAAGCUAAGUUGAUAUAAGAUAAGAAUAACUUUAUUUAUCCCCCAGGGGAAAUUUGAUUAGGAGCUCUCUGAGAAGUUUCUCUGUAUGUUUUUGAAGGUUGGCACUAGUACUGUGAUACAAGAUAAAAUUCUUUAACCUUAGAAAUCAGGGUCAUCUGCAGAACAGUGGACAUCAGAGAUCAAAAGGUUGGUUCACAUCUUUAAAGCUCUCAAACCACAAACUUUUAUUUGUAGUUAAUCGAUUGUGCCUUAUCUGUAGUACUCUAAAGUUUGUCCUUGCUACUUUGACUUACUGUCUUGUUACAGAGUGCUCUGCUCAUGGUGGAUUAAGACAAGACUGCAUCUUUCUUAUAAAGUGGGGACUGAAAUUUAUCCUAUUUUGAUAUUGGAUGUCUCUAAAUACAGAAACUAGCUCUAGACCAGCUCUCUUUGUGAAGCUUCUUCAGAUCCCAUUUAUUGUAAAUUGGCGCUGUAUGACAUCAAUAAAGAUUGAUUAAAAUUGAAAAUUUCUAAGUUCCCUGAUAUUUUCCCAAACAAUUUGUUUUUAAUCCUGAAGGCUGUAUUAAAAAUGAUCUUAAUCAAAACUUGUUCUUGAUGAUCAAUUCUAAAGGUGUAGGUGAUCAAUAAUCAUUUGUCAUGUUAAUGCCAUGUUACAGAGCAUGGCCAAGCCUGCAGACUGGAGGUACCAGUCAGGUGUGUGUUCCUCUUGGAGCAAAGUGUCCUGUAGUUUAAAUGUCAGCAUGUUGGUACCAAUGCCAAACAGCCAAACCAGCACACUGAGCAUGACGAAACAACUGAAGGUAAUCUUAAUUCUAAAUGCAAACCCACAUGGAGACCAAAAAGUUUCUUUUCAGUAUUAUUAGAAAUGUCCUCACAUCAGGUCUUUGUUUCAGGAGCAGCUGAUGUUGUGGGCCAACCAGAUUGGAAAAGGAGCUUUUUUAAUUGAUGGACAAAAGUUGCCAGAGGAUGCUGAGCUCACCACUGGACAGGUUGUAUGAAUAAACUCAGUCAACAGUGAGAACACAGUUGAUUUAUUUAAAGUAUUGAUUCGAAAGUCUCAUAAAUUAUGUCUUUGAAACACUGGGCAGUUUUGAUUGAUUAUUUCUAAAUGCAUUAUGUGCAGACAUGACCACAAAAAUAGAAGAAAAGCGUGGUUUUCAUACAAACCUCUCUUCUUUUCAAAUGUACUUGUAACCCCUUUCCUCUGCAUGUCGCUAGCUGGCACUAACUUUCUCUUUACUUUGCCCAAGACUCUGCGUUGUGUUUUGAUAUGAAAUUUGGUGCUAAUGGGGGAUAAUAAUAAUAUUGUAAUAAUAAUUUUAUUUUCACAGCACUUUUAAAAACAGAGGUUUACAAAGUGCUUUGAUAGAAAGUGAUAAAGCACAAGAGCUCCAACACAAGGACUAAAAACAAAAAGCACAAAUCAAGGCCUCAGAAUUUGAAAACUAUUUUCAUCUGUCACAAGGAACCCAGACAACACAAGAACCAUACAACAUAAAAUGAGACCAUGAGGACCAAAAUAAAUGCUAAAAACCUAGAAUCAGAGUCAGAAGCCAGAAGCAUUUGACACACAAAUUCAGACUGUGGUGGAGGCCAUUGAAUUUAUUACCUUGCAGGUUCUUGCAUGUCAUAAUGGCUGCUAGAUUUAACAAGUUCACCAUCACAGGAAUCAAAGCAACACUAAAAACCAAAGGAAGACCUUAACACCAACCACAAACAUUCAACACUCUGAAAACACCUUUACAAAUAAAGAAAUAGAAGUAGUUUUUUACUCCUGAAAUGUAGUAUACUACAUUGAACAUUCAGCAAUAGAAAAAAAUCACUCAAUGUGCUGUUUUAGAGGCUUCUCUCUUGAUGAUGAAAGAGUGGCCUACUUUCUUUCUAACAUCCCACUGUUACAAGACUUUCUAAACCAUAAGGUUGAAUGAGCAUAGUAUGAAGCACUAUGAGCACGUGAUGUGAGAAACUUUAGACAUCAGCAGUCAUGUGGUAUUUUGACUUAGAUUCAAGCUCUGACACUUAAGACUGCAGCUCGGCUGUUUACUAGCCUUCAGUGUCAUAUGCCCAUCCCUACAAAAUGAUCCAAAAAGCCUGAUUUUUCAAAUAAUUAUAUAUUUCCUCUGGGGGGAAUUUCCCCAACCUGUUUAAAAUUGCAGUGGCUAAUAUGAGAGAUCUGAACAUGUAGUUACAUAUUGUGUGUAAUUAAUUAUCUGCAUCUUGAUAAUUACUGCUUCAUUUCCCAUAGAAAAGAAGUGUGACUCAGGCCUUCACUGCUCAGCUGCUCGUCACUCCAGUAAGACACACAAACAUGUUACAGUUUUUCCUUGUAUAGCUUCUACAACUUUCAAUGAACAGAAUUCAGUCAUAUAGUGGGACCACUAUACACAGACAUGGGGUUUUAGUGCAGUGCAAACUGUAACACUGGAGUCAGGGCCUUAGCUAAAGAUAAAGUUGCACACCUCUUCUUUUGGAGCCAAAUUCUUGGAGAGCUGGCAAACAUAGACUUGUAGUUGCAGUAAACUCAGAACAUCUAGAUAAGGUCCCUGUCUGUGAGAUUGUAAAUCCCCUUGCUGGUGGUUGUCAUGCCACAACCCCUUUGAUCUGAAAUAAGCCAUAUGAGGUGGUUCAGGCAUCUGAUAAGGAUGGUUCUUCUCUAAAAAUAGGGGGGGGGAGUCAUCCAGACAGUUAGACACAUAGACAUGUUUUAGUUGCUAAGCAGUUUUCUUACUGCUUGUUUUUUUAAAGUAUGAAAAGUUUUCUCUAAGUUUUAAAGAGGUUUUAAGUGAAGCAAAUUUGUGUGAUGGAGAUGCCAAACCAUAGGUAAUCAUUUCUAGAAAUUGUUUUUAAUUACCGUGAUCUCAAAAUGCUUGAAAAAAAAUCAUGUUUUUUUUUUUUUUUCCAUAACUAAGCAGCCCCAGUGUUUAUGUGUGUAUGUGACAAAAUAUAUAUGUGUUUGGCCAAUAUUUACAAGGUGAAUUCUGCUUUAGGAUUAAAAAAUGUGGGCACACUGCCAAACUGCGAAAACUGUUAAAAAACUGACACCUGUUCUCCAUGAAAGAACAACUUGUUUGUUUGUUUGGUCUUUUAGGACAAGAGGACAACAGAUGUGGUCCAGCAGUGUGAAGGCAGUAUCUCAGUCAGAGGAGCCAUUCAUGGCACAGCGUUUCUACACAGCAACAAACCAAAGGCCAGACUAGCUGAAAAGGUAAUUGUUUAACUGGGUUUGUCAUACUAAAGUACAUUAAAGGAACAUCCAUUGAUUUGUUUUGAAAUAUUUUUGAUGGAUAGCUGCUGAAGAAGGAUGUGGUUUCUACGGUGUUUACAAGAAUUCAGAUGCUGCUAGAGGAGCUGCAAAUAUCAGAGGAAGAGGGCAGUGACAGCAGCAGGGACAGAAACAAAACAGGUACACAAACACACGUAAAAAAAAAAAAAGAAAGAAAGCUCUCGUUAAUCUUCAAGUUUUUCCAUCAAUCUUAGAUACACCAACCCAAAAGGAAAUAAAAACAUAGUUAAUCAGUGCUUAAAAAUCCUUCACUAACUGUCCUGGAAAAAAAAUUAAAAUGCAUUGGAUUUAUGCGCCUACAAUGAUGUUAAAACUUUUAAGCUACUUUUAAAAUUGUCUUGAUUCAACUAAUAGUUUAUUGUAAACUUAACAAAUUCAGGUCUUGGUUUUGUGUUAAACCUCAAAUUUGAGCAGUUCCUAGCAGUGUCUUUUUGAUAUCUAAGGCUUGAAAUAUUGAAGUUUAAGUCUCUUUGUAAUCCUUAAUAACAACUAAAUAUUCGGCUGCUCUUUUCACUUUACCUUCAUUUCUUUAUGUACCUUUUUUUCAGAUCUCUUCUACCUUCCUUGUCGUGUCUACUGUCCAUUAAAAUUGGCGGGGCCUGUGUGUGUUUGUGACUACCAGUUCUCUGAUGAAGGUUUGUCUGAGGUGACUGACAGGCUCAAGGAGAUGCUGGAUAUCGAUGUUGCAGUGGAAGACUUGGAUCACACACAUGAAACACUUGCUAAGGUCAAGGAAAGAGACGUUAUUGCAGGUAAGGUAAUAGUGUUUGUGUGCAAAUUCUCUCUUCUUGUUUUAAUGUUUCAGUUUCAAAUUUUUUAAUCAUAGCACUGGGACAGAUCUACCAGUUUUUGCACCUUUUUCAUCAUGUGAUCAGUGGCGGCCGGCCCAUAGGGGGCACUGGGGUGCCGCCCUCCCUGAAAAAAUGAGGGGAAAUAUGUUUCUAGAAAUAGAUUUUUACAGUAAAGAUAUUUUACAAACUAUUGUGGGGCCACUUGCAAUCCUAAUCAUUAAAACGACAUUUCCCACCUGAUGUUAUUUAUUUACCAUCGAAUUUCCACUGACAGACUCGUAUAGAUUCUUUCACGGGCCGCUCAGUCAGAUCGCCCCAGCACUGCGACCAAAUAACCAAUUGUGUACAGUUGCCAGGUAAAUUUAAUAAAUAUUUGGCCAAUCAGCAUAGCAGAAAUUUAUGGUCUUGGGGCACUGAAAUAUCACCCUUGCGAUAAGUCACGAGAUUUUUAGGGGCGGGUUAAGGAGAAACAAAAAAAAAAAGAGGAGCCUGUGCGUGCACCCAAUUAAGCUAGCGCAGUGGUUACGGUGAUGGCGAACUUAACGAGCGAAGAGCAGCUUUUCCACCAAAUUUGGUGUGAUUGUUAUUGGUGUACCCAUUUGCUAGACGGACAACGGAGGAGAAAUUUCGGGUGAGGGAGCUUGGACUUGGUUCAAGCGCAAGUCAUGGUUGACAGGAUGUGGAACAGCAAAUGUGAGACACUACAUAAAAGCCAGACUAAAAAGAAAGCUAACAGACAAUGCUGCAAUGUUAGAAAUCAAUAACUUUUAACCUAUUUAAACUGGGACAGAAUGCACACAUUUCAGCCUUUCAAGCCGGGAGCACGGCUGAGCAUUACUACCCUUUAAGUCAGGAGCACGGAUACGUCAUUUUGUGACAUUCUGUAGUUUUUUAAUCAUUUCUGGAGUUGUGGCGAAUCUAAAAACUCAGUAAAGUUCAUAUAAAGUUUAUAUAAUUUAAAAAUUCAUCGAGAAGUUCAUCCAAAAAGAACUCUGGUUACCACUCUCAUUGAAACCAUGCUUUUUUUUUUGACACUACCUCAUAAAAGAAUCAGAGUAGAGAAUCGUUAGGAACCGGAAUCGAAACAAGGAAUCAGAACCAGAAUCAUUCGAAUUCAAACGAUGCCCAACCCUAGUUAUGACAGUGAGUAAAUGAUGAUCGGAAUGAUCAGUGUCAUGGCAGACAGAACAAGGCAUUCGUGCAGACCACUGAACUGGGGGUGUCGUGGGCCAGGUCUGCUUGAACACGGCUGCAGGUGUCUGGAGAAGUUCUUGUUCUGUAUGUGCGUACAAGUGUGAUGGAUAAUGUAUGUCUUCUGAUGCAACUGAGGCCUGUCGAAAGAUGAAUUUCUGUCACUUUUUUAUGUCAGACAAUAAACUUCUUCUAUUCUUCUUCUUUUCUCUUUAACGUGCCGAUGAGGUACUCCAGGGUAGCUGGGUCUGAGCUCUGUUUCUGUUGUGGGCUAGGUACUUCAGAAGUUGCAGUAGACAGUGAGACAGCAACAUGGGGAAUGUUUACUGAAACCCUUUCUUUGGGGUCCUGCUGACCACUGACAACUUGCCAGAAUGGUACUCGCUUAGAAUAUCUUAAACCUCACAAGCAGUCAACUUGUCUAUUGUUUUAGAGCAAAAAGUCACAUCAAGCUCAGUAGAGUAGAGUCAGUAGAGGGGCAGUCUCUGAUGAACAUGCAUGUGACCUCAGUACCUGGACAUUCUUACCCUGUUCUUGCAGACACUCAGUGGCAAGAUCAAGAGCACGAUUCAGCCUGAGCCAGUUGUUAAAUGCAUCCUCACAUUUUUCAGGCAGAGUGGUGUAGAAGACUGGUGAUGGAAAAAGUGAACAUAGGGCAGAAUCAAAGUGCUUCCAUAGGCGGCGGUAUAUAGCUUCAGGGUUGUUGUGAGAGAUAUCAAUAAUACUAUUUCUAUAUUGUUUCUUCCCAAAUUUGAGAACACCCUUGGCUUUGCCUCAGAGAUGAACAAGAAUUUCCUCUGCCUGCUCCUCGGGUCCCAAUUUCCGUUUUGUUUUUCCUCGUGAGGUCUACCCACUAGCGCCCUGAAACAGGGUCUGCAUUCUUCUCUGAAGCAGGGGGAUUCAUUAGCUUUCUGUGGGGCACAUACUGAAUGUGGGAGGCAUCAUAAGAACGUGAAGCUGACAAGUCAUCAUUGGCUGGUGAGGAAGCAGGUAUUUCAUACAGGGGUACUGGCAGACGGACUAAGAUGGGUAAUGAUGUUCUGUGUCAGCUGCUGACCCGCUUUUUGUAUUAAAGACCAUAACUGACUAGCAAUGUCUGCAGCAGUUGGAGUGGGACCAAACAAAGGAAAUUACUAUAACAGUCAAAUCAGGUCUUCCACUAGCAAAAUGGCAGCUGGUUCUGAGCGAUAUAUUAAACAGAGUAAAAUUCACACUCUCAAUGCUUCACUGGUAAAUAAUAUCACUUUAACUACACACCUACCUGCUCCCCAUACAGAGGUGAAACCAACAGCAGCAGAAAAGCAGUCCCUGAUCAGCUGAGGAUUCACAGUCUUGAAGAGUCAACAGGCCAUGACUGCUAUUAUGCUCUGCUUGUUGAUUAAAAACACUUCCAGGAGACAGGAUGGAUGGAGCAUUCUCAUUUGUUUAUUCUGCAACAUAGGAUGAUGAAAUAACCAUAGCUGCUCAGUUUCUUUCACUGAAAAUAUUCUACCUUGUAGACUCAAUUUCACAUUUAGUAAACUACAAAACCCAAUUCCAUUGAAGUUGGGAAAUUGUGAUAAACGUAAAUAAAAACAAUACAAUGAUUUGAAAAUCCUUUUUAACCUAUAUUCAAUUGAAUACACAACAAAGAUAAGAUAUUUAAUGUUCAAACUCAAACAAUUUUUUUUUGCAAACAUUUUUUUGCAAAUAUUAACUAACUUUAGAAUUUGAUGGCAGCAACACAUGACAAAGAAGUUGUGAAAGGUGGCAAAAAAUACUGAGAAAUUUGAGGAAUGGUCACAUGACAGGGGUCGUGUUAACGACCCUCAAGGGGGAACACCUGGAGAUGGGUUUCCAUGACCCAUUCUUUCCAACUCCUCCUUGUCUGUCCCCUCCUCCAGUAAGAUAAGUAUCUGCUCCUCACACAAGCAAUAAUUAGAACUGAAGAAGCUUCUUGGAUAAGGGGUGAAAUGUCUUCUCAACUCUACACUGUCCAGUUGCCUGAUUUUGGAGUCUUCAAGAAAACCAUGACCUGGAUGAAUGAGAAUCUACAUGGACAUAUUGGAUCACACUUUGGGUUGGAUACCCUUCAGCUGGUCCGGGAGCACGAGAAAACUUGCAGGAAGAUGGAGGAUUACAGAAACCACCUCCGCUUUAGCAGACAGCAAGGACUUGUUCCCAAAAGGCUACGCUUGUUUUCCACUGUUAAAGGGCACAGGGCAGACAGCAUCCUUUCCAGGACACAGAAGCAGCUCCUCAAUGAAACGAUUAGGCAGGUCAAUUUCAUUAUGGAUGCCUUACAAGCUAAAAUAAAUCACACCAAGGAGACACUGGCAUCCCAACUUCCAGAGGACAUCCUCAACAAAGUCUACAACUUUGUUUACAAGGCUCAGACCUCUCAACAUAACAAAGGAGAGGAAAGACAAACACAGAAAUUUGACAGACUACUUUCCCAGCACUCAGAGAGCCCAUCAGAACUUGCUUGGAGGGACAAAACUGACAGCCACACAGACACCAACAUGCAAGAAAAGUGGGUGAAGAAUUUGUCAGAGUUCUCACUCAGCCGGAAAAGGAAGUCCUUUACAAAGGAUUACAUUUUGCAUUUACCCCAGAACAGAUCCCGGUGGUAGACCUUAUCACAGCCAUGGAGUCAGCUAUCCGUAACAACAAUCUGAUGGUUACAGAGGCAGAGCAACUUAGGUUGAAGGUAACAGCUGCUCUCUCGAAUGCCAAAACACCUCCUUCCAACCUGACCAUGCAGGAAAGAAGAGCCUUGGCAUCAUUGCUAAAAGUUGAAAACAUCACCAUCGUGCCUGCAGAUAAGGGGAGAUGCACUGUUGUACUCAACACCAGGGAUUACCAUGACAAGGUAACAACUCUUCUCAGUGACACUGCCACUUAUGAAACUCUAAAACAGGACCCCACCAACAGCUACAAAAAGAAAGUUAUCUGCGUACUUCAACAGCUGGAAAAGGAUGGAGUUAUUGACCACCCACUCUAUUACCGGCUAUACCCAGGGUAAGCAGUCCUGUGCAUUUAUGGAUUACCUAAAAUACACAAGGAAGGGGCCCCCCUUAGACCCAUCAGCAGCAGCAUCAACUCAGCCACAUACAAAGUGGCAAAACAUUUGGCCACCAUCCUAGCUCCUCUUGUCGGCCACACCACUCACAACAUCAAAAACCCACAGGACUUUGCCAAGAAAAUCAAGGACAUCAGGCUGGGCCCAGAUGAAACCAUGGUUUCCUAUGAUGUGACAUCACUUUUCACGAGUAUUCCGACAACAGAGGCAGUCCAAGCAGUAAGACAACGCUUCUUACAGGACAGCACACUGGAGGUCAGAACCAACUGAACCCCCGACCACAUCUGCUCCUUAUUUGAUUCCUGCCUCAGCACCACCUAUUUCCAGUUCAGAGAGCGCCAUUACAGACAGAAACAUGGAUGCGCUAUGGGCUCCCUGGUUUCUCCAGUAGUGGCAAACCUGUACAUGGAAGAGGUAGAGAGGAAGGCCCUAACCUCCUUCAAAGGAGCAGCACCUAGCCACUGGUUCAGAUAUGUAGAUGACACCUGGGUUAAGAUCAAAACACAUGAAGUAGAGGCCUUCAAAGACUAUAUCGACACUGUGGACAGCAACAUCAAGUUCACCCGUGAAGAUGUCAGGGAGAACAUUUGGGCCUUUUUUUAGAUUGUGCUUUACACUUGGAGGCAGAUGGGUGUCUCAACGUUGAAGUGUACAGGAAACCCGCACACACGGAUCAAUAUUUACUUUUUGAUUCCCACCAUCCUCUGCAGCACAAACUGGGUGUUCUCAGAACACUCAACCACCGGGCUGAGAACAUUCCCAUGAAGAAAGAAGGUAAGGAAAAGGAACAGAAGAACAUCAAAAAUGCCCUGACAACCUGUGGAUAUCCAAAGUGGGCCUUUGUGAAGAACAGAAAGAGAAAUAACACUGAACAUGAAAGGGAGGAGAAACGCAAGAGCACUGUAAUCCCUUAUGUUGCAGGCCUGUCAGAAAAAUUCAAGAGGAUCUUUGGCAAACACCAUAUUCCUGUUCAUUUCAAGCCUGGCAACACACUAAGGCAGAAGCUAGUCCAUCCCAAGGACAAAACACUGAGACAUAAACAGAGUAAUGUGGUGUAUGCUGUCCAGUGCAGCGAGGAAUGCUCAGACCUGUACAUUGGGGAAACUAAACAACAGCAACAGCAUGGCUCAACACAGGAGAGCCACUUCCUCAGGUCAGGACUGAGCUGUCCACCUUCACUUAAAGGACACAGGUCACUCUUUCGAGGACAGCAAUGUAAAGGUGUUAGCUGGAGAAGACAGAGGGUUUGAAUGAGGAGUUAAAGAAACCAUCUUUACCAGACUGGAGAAACCUUCUCUGAACAGAGAACUCAGGCACAAUCUCUCCGGCACUUACAAUGCAGUUCUCAGCUCUCUCCCCAGGAAGCUCCACAAACAUUCACACCUUCCCCCCUUCUUGAGUUGGAGUCUUCAAGAAAACCAUGACCUGGAUGAAUGAGAAUCUACAUGGACAUAUUGGUCAUCAAACACCUAUUUGGAACAUCCCACAGGUGAGCAGGCUAAUUGGGAACAGGUGGGUUUCAAAAUUGGGUAUAAAAGCAGCUUCCCCAAAAUAUCUCAGUCAUUCACAAGCAAGGAUGGGGCGAGGUUCACCACUUUGUGAACAACUGCGUGAGCAAAUAGUUGAACAGUUUAAGAGCAAUGUUUCUCAAAGUACAAUUGCUAGUAACAGGGAUUUAAACAUCUACGGUUUAUAAUAUCAUCAAAAGGUUCAGAGAAUCUGGAGAAAUCACUGCAGGUAAGCGGCCAGGAAACCAACAUUGAAUGGCUGUGACCUUCGAUCCCUCAGGCGGCACUGUAUCAAAAACGGACAUCAGUAUAUCACCACAUGGGCUCAGGAACACUUCAGAAAACCACUGUCAGUAAAUACAGUUGGUCGCUACAUCUCUAAGUGCAAGUUAAAACUCUGCUAUGCAAAGCCAAAGCCAUUUAUCAACAACAUCCAGAAACGCGGCUCUGGGCCUGAGCUUAUCUAAGAUGGACUGAUGCAAAGUGGGAAAGUGUUCUGUGGCCUGACGAGUCCACAUUUUAAAAUUGUUUUUGGAAAUAGUGGACGUCAUGUCCUCCAGGCCCAACAGGAUAACUGUUGACUGUUAUCGACACAAAGUUCAAAAGCCAGCAUCUGUGAUGAUAUGGGGGUGCAUUAGUGCCCAAGGCAUGGGUGACUUACACAUCUGUGAAGGCAACAUUAAUGCUGAAAGGUACAUACAGGUUUUGGAGCAACAUAUGCUGCCAAUCUAGCAAUGUCUUUUUCAUUGACGCCCCUGUUUAUGUUCAGCAAGACAAUGCCAAGCCACAUUCUGCACGGGAUACAACAGCGUGGCUUCGUUAAAGAGUAAAAGAGUGCGGGUACUCAACUGGCCUGCCUGCAGUCCAGACCUGUCUCCCAUUGAAAAUUUGUGGCGCAUUAUGAAGUGUAAAAUACUACAACAGAGAUCCCUGGACUGUUGAACAACUGAAGCUGUACAUCAAGCAAGAAGGGGAAAGAAUUCCACCUUCAAAGCUUCAACAAUUAGUCUCCUCAGUUCCCAAACGUUUAUUGAGUGUUGUUAAAAGGAAAGGUGAUGUAACACAGUGGUAAACAUGCCCCUGUCCCAACUUCUUUGGCAUGUGUUGCAGCCAUGAAAUUUUGAGUUUGAACAUUACAUAUCUUGUCUUCGUAGUGUAUUCAAUUGAAUAUACACUCACCGGCCACUUUAUUAGGUACACCUGUCCAACUGCUCGUUAACACUAAAUUUCUAAUCAGCCAAUCACAUGGCGGCAACUUAGUGCAUUUAGGCAUGUAGACAUGGUCAAGACAAUCUCCUGCAGUUCAAACCGAGCAUCAGUAUGGGGAAGAAAGGUGAUUUGAGUGACUUUGAACGUGGCAUGGUUGUUGGUGCCAGAAGGGCUGGUCUGAGUAUUUCAGAAACUGCUGAUCUACUGGGAUUUUCGCGCACCACCAUCUCUAGGGUUUACAGAGAAUGGUCCGAAAAAGAAAAAAUAUCCAGUGAGCGGCAGUUCUGUGGGCGGAAAUGCCUUGUUGAUGCCAGAGGUCAGAGGAGAAUGGCCAGACUGGUUCGAGCUGAUAGAAAGGCAACAGUGACUCAAAUAACCACCCGUUACAACCAAGGUAGGCAGAAGAGCAUCUCUGAACGCACAGUACGUCAAACUUUGAGGCAGAUGGGCUACAGCAGCAGAAGACCACGCCGGGUGCCACUCCUUUCAGCUAAGAACAGGAAACUGAGGCUACAAUUUGCACAAGCUCAUCGAAAUUGGACAGUAGAAGAUUGGAAAAACGUUGCCUGGUCUGAUGAGUCUCGAUUUCUGCUGCGACAUUCGGAUGGUAGGGUCAGAAUUUGGCGUCAACAACAUGAAAGCAUGGAUCCAUCCUGCCUUAUAUCAACGGUUCAGGCUGGUGGUGGUGGUGUCAUGGUGUGGGGAAUAUUUUCUUGGCACUCUUUGGGCCCCUUGGUACCAAUUGAGCAUCGUUGCAACGCCACAGCCUACCUGAGUAUUGUUGCUGACCAUGUCCAUCCCUUUAUGACCACAAUGUACCCAACUUCUGAUGGCUACUUUCAGCAGGAUAAUGCGCCAUGUCAUAAAGCUGGAAUCAUCUCAGACUGGUUUCUUGAACAUGACAAUGAGUUCACUGUACUCAAAUGGCCUCCACAGUCACCAGAUCUCAAUCCAAUAGAGCAUCUUUGGGAUGUGGUGGAACGGGAGAUUCGCAUCAUGGAUGUGCAGCCGACAAAUCUGCGGCAACUGUGUGAUGCCAUCAUGUCAAUAUGGACCAAGCUCUCUGAGGAAUGCUUCCAGCACCUUGUUGAAUCUAUGCCACGAAGAAUUGAGGCAGUUCUGAAGGCAAAAGGGGGUCCAACCCGUUACUAGCAUGGUGUACCUAAUAAAGUGGCCGGUGAGUGUAGGUUGAAAAGGAUUUGCAAAUCAUUGUAUUCUGUUUUUAUUUACAUUUAUCACAAUUUCCCAACUUCAAUGGAAUUGGGUUUUGUAAAAUGAACAUUGUGUUGUCUCAUAAAAUUUAAAUGGCUAGACAGAUAAAUUAAGAAAACCCAGCUCUCAAUUUUCACUUAACACUGAAUGGUACACACAAUAUCAAUGAACAUUUCAAUAUAACAUACCUGCAGCAUAGGAAGAUAAAAGGACCACAGCUGCUCACUUUCUUUAAAAGUUGAUCAGAUGUUGGCUCUCGCAUUAACUACAGAGUCGCACAUCAGUAGAAGUAUAGUACUGCAACUCCAACUACAAACGUGUCAGAUCAGAAUCACUACAUGUGAUGAAAUAUCGUAGUUUUAACACUUUUUUUUUGACUGCACUAUUACACACAUACUGAUGAAAAUUUGACUGAGCAAAAAGGAGGCCACCUACUCCCAGCAGAGCUAUCACAGGCUGUGUUAAACCAUUUAACACACAGCAUUAACAACAGCGCUAACUUGUGGGAGUUAGUGCUAACUAGCAUUUUAAAAAUAAAAUCUUACCAUAGAAAAUAAAAAAAAACAGUGGUUGUGUCCCAAAUUUCAUAGGAAUUUAACCCAUUUACACUGUAUAUACCAGUGGCAGCUGCUGGUCUUUUAAGGAGGGUAAGCUUAUUUUUUUCCCGGCCUCCAUCAUAAAUGUGUUCGUUUAUUUAUAUGUAAAUUCUACCCUCCGUUUCUUUUCCAGAAAAUUAUCUGUGACCCUGUGACCAACUAGGCAUCUUUUCCAGGGACUUGACCAGUGUCCUUUCAAUGGCCAACAAAGCUAGGUUGCUUAAACCACCUUGGCCCAUUGUGUUGCGGGUCUAGGACUUAAGCCUCUAUAAACAGGAGAAGCUCCUCUCUACACCUGCAGAAGAGAGUCACCAAACACAAUGCUAGUCAUUUUUGACAAAGACAAAGUCACUGGGGAUCGAUAAACUCUCCGGAUCAGUUCAGAUCAACAGAAUGAAAAACUUAGAAAAUGCUCCUGUGGAUGUUAAUACUUCAAGAUGGGUGAUUCGCUCAUUUCGCUGUCAAUCAAAAAGAGAUUUGGCCUCAGAAAGAUCAUCCAAUCAUCAUGCAGAAGUAGAGCGUCCGGGCCAGCCCACUGCCCCAUAGACACCCAUAGACGUUUGCGUCCAAUGGGCGGGGCAAAGCCCAGCAUUUAUCCAGUCACCGUCCAGUUUCGCGCAGUGGGACAACCCACGCUAUACUUCACCACUGAAGUCAGUAGACGCUCAGCGUGCGACUGUGUGAAGCACUGUGGGGAUAAAUGACAGGGAAGUCAUGACAUAAGUAUCUGAUUCUUAACAAAAGAUGAAUGUGUUCGAGAACAUAUUUUGUCGAUGAAAUGUACACACAGCAGUUAAUAUGUCACCACUUUUUUUUUCUAAACAGGAAACUGAGCUUCCCUUGCAGUCUUAGAGCAAAGGCAUAUACUACAUAUACCCACAAUCUGUAUCAUUCCUUCAUUUGAUUUUCAAAACAAAACAGAAAGUGAAAAAAUGAGAGAAUUAAUUGUUUUCUAAAACGAAAUGAACCUUCUGACUGACAUUUCAGAACACCUCUGCACCUUUGCCUCCUGCUGCGUGGUGGAAAUCUCUUCAUGAGUUAUGCCAUCUUGAAAAAAGUGCCAUAAGAGCGCUUAAUAAUUCUCAAGUCCAGCCAUAAUGCCAAAGCCCAUUUUUUGUUCACCUCUGGGUCACGAAACUUUCUACAGAUGAAAAAGUUUAAAUCAGAUAGAGCUGUUGCUAUUCAUUUGUCCCAUUUUCAUUUGAGCUGAAGAAAACGGAAAUCAGAAAAUGAGCCACUUUUUCAUUUUUGUUUAGAGAAAAGGAUUAAGAAAAUCAUUCUUUUUCUUGUUUUUUCUUUUUCUUUUUUUUUUUUUAAACUGAGGAAACUGAGCUUCCCUUGCAGUCUUAGAGCAAAGGCAUAUACUGGUGUAUACCCACAAUCUGUGUAUCAUUCGUUUGCAAAUGAUAAUAAACUCAGAAUUUCAUGGCUGCAACACAUGCCAAAGUAGUUGGGACAGGGGCAUGUUUACCUCUGUGUUACAUCACCUUUCCUUUUAACAACACUCAAUAAAUGUUUAGGAACUGAGGAGACUAAUUGUUGAAGCUUUGAAGGUGGAAUUCUUUCCCGUUCUUGCUUGAUGUACAGCUUCAGUUGUUCAACAGUCUGGGGUCUCUGUUAUCGUAUUUUACCCUUCAUAAUGCGCCACAAAUUUUCAAUGGGAGACAGGUCUGGACUACAGACAGGCCAGUUGAGUACCCGCUCUCUUUUUCUACGAAGCCAUGCUGUUGUAACACGUGCAGAAUGCGGCUUGGCAUUGUCUUGCUGAAAUAAGCAGGGGCAUCCAUGAAAAAGACUUUGCUUGGAUGGCUGCAUAUGUUGCUCCAAAACCUGUAUGUACCUGUCAGCAUUAAUGUUGCACUAAUGCACCCCCAUAUCAUCACAGAUGCUGGCUAUUGAACUUUGCGUCGAUAAUAGUCCGGAUUGUUCUUUUCCUUUUUGGCCCAGAGGACACAACGUCCACUAUUUUCAAAAACAAUUUGAAAUGUUGACUCGUCGGGCCACAGAACACUUUUCCACUUUGCAUCAGUCCAUCUUAGAUGAGCUCAGGCCCAGAGAAGCCAGGGGCGUUUCUGGAUGUUGUUGAUAAAUGGCUUUGGCUUUGCACAGUAGAGUUUUAACUUGCACUUCGAGGUGUAGCCACAAACUGUAUUUACUGACAGUGAUUUUCUGAAGUGUUCCUGAGCCCAUGCGGUGAUAUCUUUUACACAUUGAUAACAUUUUUUUGUUACAGUGCCAAAGGAUUGAAGGUCACAGGCAUUCAUUGUUGGUUUCUGUCUGUGCUGCUUACCUGUAGUGAUUUGUCCAGAUUCUCUAAACCUUUUGAUGAUAUUAUGGACCGUAGAUGUUGAAAUCCCUUAAUUCCUUGCAAUUGUACUUUAAGAAAUGUUGUUCUUAAACUGUUUUAAUAUUUGCUCACGCAGUUGUUCACAAAGUGGUGAACCUUGCCCAUCCUUGCUUGUGAAUGAGCAAGCAAUUUUUGGGGAAGCUUCUUUUAUACCCAAUCAUGGCACCCACCUGUUCCCAAUUAGCCUGCUCACCUGUGGGAUGUUCCAAAUAGGUGUUUGAUGGCCAUUCCUAAAAUUUCUCAGUAUUUUUUGCCACCUUUCCCAACUUCUUUGGCACGUCUUGCAGCCAUGAAAUUCUAAGUUAUUUAUUAUUUGCAAAAAAAAAAAAAGUUGAUAAGUUUGAACAUGAAAUAUCUUGUCUUCGUAGAGUAUUCAGUUGAAUAUAGGUUGAAAAGGAUUUUGCAAUCCUGGUAUUCUGUUUUUAUUUACGUUUAUCACAAUUUCCCAACUUCAAUUGAAUUGGGUUUUGUAUGAUAGAUUCCCAAUGUAGCAGACAGGCAGGAAAUGCUUUCAAGAUUUAAUUAGACGCUUAGCAGAGUCAACACUGGGUUGUGUCUCGUCUGUCGUGUAAUAAAGCGUGGACUUCUUUGGAGAAUUUUUUCUCAAUUUUUAAUGAUUUUAAGAGCUUUUAGUGUCUGUUAUUUUGCUAUGGUGUACUGUGUAAGUUUAAAAUGGCAGUUGGUUGUCCUGGACUUGCUGUUGUAUUUAACCGAUCAGCAUCCACUUACUUAUCAUAGUGCACUUAAGUCACUGAAAUAUGUUACCAACAAAGAUUUUUAGUGUUGUUAUUUUCCUUAAUCUUUAAGUUUUCUGUAUCUUUUACUUGAAACAAUUGACAGACUGAACUUGAACUUCAAACCUUGGUAACCUUUGAUAGUUUUAAAUCUUUAAUAAAACAGACUUGCAACUGUUUUAACUGGUGCUCUGUCAUUGCUAAUGUGAGGAAUGUAUCUAUGUUUUUUAGUGUUCCCUUUUAUUUUGUCUGAAACUAUGUUAGCGGUCGUUCUUGGCCAGGUCUCCUUUGAAAAAUAGGUCUCAGAUCCCAAUAAGACUAACCUGGCUAAAUAAAGAUUGAAUAAAUACAAAAUAAUAAUCCAAGUCCAACUGAAACUUAGAAUGCACAAUUUCUGCAUCUCCUGAAGAUUAAAUAUGUUUAUUGAGGAUAUUUUAAUUCAAAAAUAGUCUAACUGUCUUAACUGUCUUUACUUCUCUUUGGUCGUACUACAUCAUUGCUAUGCCUCUUGGUAAAUUCUGUGUAGCCUGACUUUUCUAGGUUUGUGAAAUGGUUUUGUAAAUUAUAUAAACUUGUUUUAAAUUGUGUGUUUGCAGAGCCAGCUGUAGGAACCACUGAAGUGCAGAAGCCCAACAGGAACAAUUUCCUCGGUAAAAAUUACCCCCCUAAGAUCAACAUUUAAUAAGAUUGUCUUAACAUUGAUAUAAUAGACAUGAAAGUGAAUAGUUGAUAUCUGUUAUCUCUAAAGGGUUUGCCUUGCUUGUGAGAGGUGGCAGAAUAUAAUGAGAGUUCUUUGGUAAAAUGUCCUCCUUCAUAAAACAUGCAGGGUAAUGCUUUCCUCAGAUCAUAGUUGUGUUUGAUGUAUUCCAACACCAGAGUGUCAGCCAUCAGGAUUGGGGCCUAACCUGGCAGUAUGUGACUAGGACUACACAAGUGUAAUACACCAGUCAUACCUGAUAAGAUGUUGUGUUAGCAUCCAAACCAGAAAAUAACUCAUAUUUGUGAACUAAUGCUCUGAUUCCUUUGUUUUAUAGGUGUUGCCAUGGCGACUGCGAUUGCCCUUCUUGCCACAGCUGCCUCAAUGCUUUAUCUCAGUGAAGUGUAAUACACUCAUGAAAUAAAUUUCUAAAAAAGUGUCUCUUGGUCAAAUCAGAAAUGG